UCAAUCGAAGUUCAAGACAACUUGUAUGCCUACAAAAACGUUCAAGAUCCUCUAUUUAACUUGAAUUGGAACAUGAUUUGAUUAUAUAUUUUACGCGCAAUGAGUGUUCCAUGGAGUUUGUUAACGAUUCUGAGUUUGGUGCACCACACGGAAUCAAGGUGUUCGCCGACUUCUUAUUAUAAAAACUGUUGGAUUCGCCGAUACCCUGGGAUUUUCAUCGAUGUUGAGGAAUCUCAAAGAAGAGGCGCGCAACUUCUAAAGUAUUACCAAGAAGAGACCGCCUUGAAAUGCAGCAGAACCUGUUGCCUUACGAGAAAUUUUUCUUGUAACCUGGCGGUAUUUCACUAUGAUACCAUCCAAGAGAAUGUGAACUGUUUUCAUCUGCACUGUCCGACCCGGGAUAGCUGCAUCCUAACCCAAAGAGGAAACGUUAUCCUAUACAACAUCACUAAAGGUGUGGAUCCAGACCUUUUGGUGUUUGGGAAGUACUUCACCUCCAAUGUACGGGUUUUACCCAACUUCUACACCAGAGCCAAUGCCUCAGAACCACUGGCCUCUGACAAGCGCCAGUUCAACCAUCCACCCCUCCCACCUCCCCGGCCACUUACAGUAGCUCCCACAGCCAGGAUACCCAUUACCACCACAGAAACUACCACCGCAACUACCACAGAAACUACCACCGCAACUACCACGGAAACUACCACAGAAACUACCACAGAACCUACCACAGAAACUACCACCGCAACUGCCGCAACCAUCACCACCACCCAAAGCUCUACUCAGGGUACUAUUAAUUAUCCCAUCACACCCACUCUCUCCUCCACCCCUGGGACCCAUGCCCCCACCACCACCACAACAACUAACCCUGCCCCCUACACGGCCCAUAUCACCUCUGCCUAUCAGUCAACCCACGAGAAACCCACUGCCACCACACAGUCCCCUACCCAGCAGCCCACAUCUACAGCCGGGCCAGCCGCCACGUCCUGUUCCCCCAGCCCCCCGGCCAACACAGACGGCAGUAACAAGCGGGAGCCCAACAACACCAAGGACCAAGAAGCCAGGAACCACACAGCCGCCACGGGGGGAGAAAGUGGCCAGGACGGAGGGGAAUCGCCGCCCCCCGGUGGCUCAAGCCCAGGGUGGCACGUCUUAGCCCACUCCCUGCUGGUGGCGGCGGUGACUGUGGUCACUGUGCUGAUGAGCUGCUGCUGCUCCGUGCUGCUGAUGGUGAGUUGGAGGGGUCGGAGGAAGAGGAAGGGCCGCUACCGGACCACCUGGAGGGGGAAAGGGGGGUCUAUGCGCCUCGUUAAGUAUGUCAUCGUUAGGGAGAGCUCCUGAGGGAACGGUGGGGUUGAUCAACAGGGACCAACAAAGCUUUUAUAGGGAACUGCACACUUGAGAUGAAAAAAAUUUCAUGUCCAUUCAUUUUUAUGUUGGAAACUAUUCCGAAUUCCAGACAGGACCACUUUCACUGACCUGCAAAUAUUGACUUUUUUUAGUGCCCUCAAAAACAUCAAUUUUGUCAGUAGUCAGUGGUGUGGAAAAACUGCUGACACUUAAAUGUGGAGAUCGGGGGGGAAAAAAAUCACUGGUGUAAAUGUUUUUCUACACCCCAAAAAAAUCUACAUUAUAA